AUGAAGGACAUCCAUGGGGUGAAGGACAUUGAUGUGGUGAAGGACAUUCAUGGGGUGAAGGACAUUCAUGGGAUGAAGGACAUCCAUGGGGUGAAGGACAUUCAUUGGAUGAAGGACAUUCGUGGGAUGAAGGACAUUGAUGUGGUGAAGGACAUUCAUUGGAUGAAGGACAUUCGUGGGAUGAAGGACAUUGAUGUGGUGGAGGACAUUCAUUGGAUGAAGGACAUUCGUGGGAUGAAGGACAUUGAUGUGGUGAAGGACAUUCAUUGGAUGAAGGACAUCCAUGGGGUGAAGCACAUCCAUGGGGUGAAGCACAUCCAUGGGGUGAAGGACAUUGAUGGGGUGAAGGACACCCAGGAGAUGGAAGACAUUAAUGGGAUGAAUGACACCCAUGGGGUGAAGGACAUUUGCAGGGUGGAGAAGGUCACAUGGAGAACAUUCACAUGGGAAUUUCGAAUCGGCUGGAAAGACUCCCCGACGCGGACGCCCCCCACCACAGCCCGUCCCACCACCACCCGCCAGCCCAGCACAGCCCCUGCUGCCACCACCGCCCCCCAACGCCGGCCCCUCACCCCCCGCCCCCCCCAGUCCCCCACCGGGGGGUGCCGGGCGGGUGAAGUUGCCUGUGCUGAUGGGCACUGCCUGCCCCGUGACUACCUGUGCGACGGCGAGACCGACUGCGCCGACGGCAGCGACGAGGAGGCCUGUGGUACCCCCUCACCCUGUGAACCCAACGAGUUCAAGUGCGGCAACGGGCACUGUGCCCUCAAGCUCUGGCGCUGCGACGGCGAGAACGACUGCGGCGAUGGCUCCGAUGAGGCCGGCUGCCCCACCAAAGCUCCAGAUGCAGCCUGCGGGCCGGCCGAGUUCCGGUGUGUGGGCAGUGGGAGCUGCAUCCGCGCCAGUUACCAGUGCGACCGGGAGCCCGACUGCCCCGACCGCUCCGACGAGAUCGGCUGCGUGCCCCCACAGGUGGUGACGCUCCCCCGGGAGUCGGUGCAGGCGGUGCCGGGUGAGACUGUCACUUUCACCUGUGUGGCCACCGGUGUCCCCACCCCCAUUGUCACCUGGCGCCUCAACUGGGGACACACCCCCAGCAGCCACAGGGUGUCGAUCGUGAGCGAGGCAGGACAGGGCACCCUGACCAUCCGGGACGUGAGAGAAGCCGACCAGGGCGCCUACACCUGUGAGGCCAUCAACACCCUGGGCAUGGUGUUCGGCAUCCCUGACAGCAUCCUCACUGUCACCCGCCCUGGGCCAUGCCCAGAGGGCCACUUCCAGGUGACGGGGACAUCCCGCUGCCUGCCCUGCUUCUGCUUCGGUGUCACCACGUCCUGCCGCGCCACCUCCCGCCACCGCCACCGCCUGCACCUGCGCUUCGACCGGCCCCACGACCUCAAGGGCGUCAACGUGACGGUGCCGGCGGCGCCGUCCUCGCCGGUGCUCUCAGCCACCCAGCUGCACGUGGACGUGGGUGCUGAGGAGUUUCAGCUCCUGGACCUGUCCCGACGCUUCCUGGCCCUCGACGCCUUCUGGGCACUGCCGGACACUUUCCUUGGGGACAAGGUGGACGCCUACGGGGGAGCACUGAGCUAUGGGGUGCGGUACCGGCUGGGACGGGGACCCCCCGAGCCCACCGCCCACCCCGACGUGGUGCUGAGGGGCCACGGGCGGCAGCUGCAGGCACGUGGUGGGGCCACCCGGCCUGAUGUCCUCAACCGGCGGCACGUGCCCUUCACCGAGGACCACUGGGAGGACGAGGAGGGUGGCCCAGUGAGCCGGGAGCUGCUGCUACUGGUGCUGCAGGACCUGGAGAGCAUCUUCAUCCGGGCAGUGUACGACGGGCGCAUGGCCAGCGUGGGGCUCAGCGACGUGGCCAUGGAUGUCACCAGCCCUGGUGACACCGGCCUGGGGCCAGCUGGGGAUGUCGAGGAGUGCAGGUGCCCCGUGGGCUACUCGGGGCUGUCGUGCCAGCGCUGUGCCACCCGCUUCGAGCGGGUGACAAAGGGACCCUACCUGGGGACCUGCUCUGGCUGCGGCUGCCAUGGCCACUCCAGCACCUGUGACCCCGUUUUUGGGCACUGCCUGAACUGCCAGCACAACACGGAGGGUCCCCAGUGUGAGAAGUGCAAACCCGGCUUCUUCGGCGAUGCCACCAAGGGCACGGCCACCGCCUGCCACCCGUGUCCCUGUCCCUACACCGAGCCGUCUCGCAGGUUUUCGGAGUCGUGCUUCCUGGACACGGAUGGCCAGGCCACCUGUGACGCCUGCGCGCCCGGUUACGCCGGACGACGCUGCGAGAGGUGCGCUCCAGGCUAUGAGGGAGACCCUGUCCAGCCUGGUGGCAAGUGCACUCCAAUUGGCCAGGAGCUCAUCAAGUGUGACGCCCGCGGGGGCAAGGAUGCAGCUGGUGGCACCUGCCACUGCAAGCCCAACGUGCGUGGCCGCCUGUGUGACUCCUGCGCCGCGGGCACCUUCCACCUGAGCGCGGCCAACCCCGCGGGCUGCCUGCCCUGCUUCUGCAUGGGCGUCUCCCGGCACUGCGCCAGCUCCGCCUGGAGCCGCCACCAGGUCCAGCUGACAGCUGAGGACUCUCCCCCUCUGGGCUUGGCCAACCUGGCGGGCACCCACUCGGUGGGCACCGGUGCCCGCUUCUCCUCCCCGCGGGAGCUGCUCUUCGACACCUUCCCUGCGCUGCCCCGCGACGUCUACUACUGGGUGCUGCCCGCGCCCUUCACCGGGGACAAGGUGACAUCGUACGGCGGGGAGCUGCGGUACCGGGUGACACACCGGGCAGGGGCAGGUGCCCAGGCCCUGUCCCCCCAGCCCGACGUGCUGCUGCAGGGCAACGGCAUCUUGCUGGAGCACCUCAGCGGGGCCAGCGUCCCCAGCGGCGUCCCCACCACCAUCACCGUGCCCUUCCGCGAGAGUGCCUGGCGCCGGGCGGACGGGCGCGAUGCCACCCGCGAGCACCUGCUGAUGGCCUUGGCUGACAUCGACCUGCUCAUGAUCCGGGCGUCCUACUCAGACCAGCCUGAGGAGAGCAGGCUGGCUGAUGUCACUCUGGACGUGGCGGUGCCACACGCCACCGGCCGCCCGCCAGCGGUGGAGGUGGAGGAUUGUGCCUGCCCCGCCGGGUACCGCGGGGCCUCCUGCCAGGACUGUGACACCGGCUACACGCGCAGCGGCACCGGGCUCUACCUGGGGACCUGCGAGCCCUGCCAGUGCCACGGCCACGCCAGCGAGUGCCACCCCGAGACUGGCAUCUGCCAGGGCUGCCGGGACCACACCGAGGGUCCCCAAUGUGACAAGUGCCAACCUGGCUACUACGGCGAUGCCACCCGGGGCACCCCGGGUGACUGCCAGCCCUGUCCCUGCCACGGACCCCACGAUGACAACCAGGUGACCAAGAGCUGCUUCGAGGACAGGGACGGGCAGCCCACCUGCAGCGCCUGCGCCCCGGGGCACAGCGGGCGCCUCUGUGAGAGGUGCUCGCCGGGGUAUGUGGGGGACCCUCUGCGGGGAGAGCCCUGCCGAGUGCCAGGUGUCCCCGUUGGGCAGUGCCAGUGUGAUCCACGUGGCAGUGUGGGCGAGGGCUGUGAUGCCAGCGGGCAGUGCCGCUGCAAGGCCAACGUGGAGGGUCCCCACUGUGCCACCUGCCGUCCCCACCACUUCCACCUGAGUGCCACCGAGCCGGGUGGCUGCCUGUCCUGCUUCUGCAUGGGCAUCGUGCAGCUCUGCUCCAGCUCCGCCUACGCCCGCGGCACCGUCCAGACCCCCUUCACCCCCGGGGACCCCCAGGGCUUCUCCCUGGUGAACCGGCAGCGCAGCACCCGGGUGAGCUCCGGGCUGGAGGUGGAGCUGGGACCCCCGGGACCCUCCCAGCCCCACCUCAGCUACCGCCGCUUCGGGGACUUGCCCCCCGACUCCUACUACUGGCAGCUGCCACCCCCCUACCAGGGGGACAAGGUGGGCUCCUACGGUGGGCGCCUCCGCUACACCCUGUCCUACACCCCGGGGAGGCAGGGAGCCCCCCUGCCUGACGCCGACAUCCAGAUCACGGGCAACGACAUCACGCUGGUGGCCUACCAGCCUGACCUGCCCCCGGGGACACCCAAGACCUUCGAGAUCAUUUUUCGGGAGCAAUACUGGCAGCGGCCGGACGGGCAGCCGGCCACCCGGGAGCAUCUCCUGAUGGCUUUGGCCGACCUGGACGAGAUCCUCAUCCGAGCCACCUACUCCAGCGCCCCGGCCGCCGCCACCAUCGCCGACGUCACCAUGGAAACCGCCGUGCCCCCCCAGCCCGGCCUGCCCCCCGCCCUGGAGGUGGAGGAAUGUCGCUGCCCCCCCGGCUACCAUGGCCUGUCCUGCCAGGACUGUGCCCCCGGGUACACCCGCACAGGGGGGGGUUUGUACCUGGGCCACUGUGAGCUCUGCGAGUGCAACGGCCAUUCCGAGAGCUGCCACCCCGAGAGCGGCCUCUGCUCCGGGUGCUUGCACAACACAGCAGGGGACUUCUGUGACCAGUGUGCCCCCGGGUUCUACGGGGACGCCACUGCCGGGACCCCCGAGGACUGCCAGCCCUGUGCCUGUCCCCUCCCCUACCCCGAAAACCAGUUCUCCAGGACUUGUGAGAGUCUGGGGGGUGGCGGGUACCGCUGCACUGCCUGUGAGCCAGGGUACACCGGGCAGUACUGCGAGCGCUGCGCUCCGGGCUACACGGGUGACCCCACGUCCCGUGGGCAGGGCUGUGUCCCCACGGGGUCCCCGGUGCCGCUGGCCGUCCGUGUCCACCCGCCGCGCACGGCGGUGGCGCAGGGCAGCGCUGUCACCCUGCGGUGCCAGGCCACGGGAGACCCCCCCCUCUAUUACCACUGGGCACGAGAGGACGGGCGACCCCUCCCCGAGGGCGCCCAGAGCCGCCACCAAGGUGAGGAGCUGCACUUCCCCAACAUCCAGCCCUCCGAAGCCGGCGUCUACAUCUGCUCCUGCCGCAACCUCCGGCACAGCAACGCGAGCCGCGCCGAGGUCAUUGUCACUGAGACCCCUGACAAGCCCAUCACUGUCACCGUGGAGGAGAAACGGGUGCAGCGGGUGAAACCUGGGACUGAUGUCACCUUCGUCUGCACGGCCAAGAGCAAGUCCCCAGCCUACACGCUGGUGUGGACGCGGCAGCACCACGGGUCCCUGCCGCCCGGCGCUGUCGACUUCAACGGGAUCCUGACCCUGCGCCGCGUGCGGCCCCAGGACGCCGGCGUCUACAUCUGCACCGGCUCCAACAUGUUGGACAUGGACGAGGGCACCGCCACGCUCUACGUGCAGGCCCCCUCGAAGACUCAGAUGUUUUACGGCCCCGUUGAGUUCAUGGAGGGGCACAGACCAGCUGUCACCGCCGCCGCCCCCACCGCCGCCGUGGAGCCGGCACAGCUGAGCGUGGCACCGGGGCAACCGGCCGAGUUCCGCUGCGUGGGCACCGGCAGCCCCCCACCCACCCUCGAGUGGCUUGGCACGCUGCCCCCACGGGCCGUGGUGCAGGGGGACACGCUGCGGUUCGGGGCCGUCGAGCCCGGGGACGAGGGACACUACGAGUGCCGGGCGCGCAGCAGCGGUGGGCAGCACACGGCCAGGGCCUUCCUCCAUGUGCAAGCCCCUGGUGCCCCACGGGUGCAGGUGAGCCCAGAGAGGACAGAGGUGACAGAGGGCUCCACGGUGCGGCUCUACUGCCGCGUCUCAGGGUCACCCCCCGCCACCCUCACCUGGGAGAAGCAGGGGGGGACCCUACCACCCCAGGCCCGCACAGAGGACGGUGACAUUGCCACGCUGCUGCUCCCCACUGUCACCGCGGCUGACGCCGGCGUCUACCUCUGCGUGGGCACCAGCGCCACUGGCACGGCCCGCGCUGCCAUCCAGGUGGCCGUGGUGGCAGGGUCAGCACCACCCGUGCGCAUUGAGUCCUCAUCCCCGUCUGUCACCGAGGGGCAGAGCCUGGACCUCAACUGCCUGGUGGCAGGAUCGGGCCCUGCCACUGUCACCUGGUACAAGCGCGGUGGCUCCCUGCCCGCCGGCCACCAGGUUUUGGGGUCCCGGCUCCGUGUCCCCCACGUCACAGCAGCUGAUUCAGGGGAGUACGUGUGCCGGGUGACAUCAGGGACCAGUGUACGGGAGGCCUCUGUCAUUGUCACCGUCGUGGCCGCAGCUGGAUCAUCCUAUGGGCCACCAGCUUCAGGUGUCCCCGUUCGCAUUGAGGCGUCCUCGUCCACCGUGGCUGAGGGACAGAGCCUGGACCUCAACUGUGUGGUGGCCGGGCAGGGACAGGCCACUGUCACCUGGUACAAGCGUGGGGGGUCCCUGCCCGCCAAGCACCAGGUGUCCGGCUCCCGGCUGCGCCUGCUGCAGGUGACAGCGGCCGACUCGGGCGAGUACGUGUGCCGGGUGACCAGCGGGGCCACCACCAAGGAGUCUGCUGUCAUGGUGACAAUCCAGCCCAGCGGGGCCGGCGCCUACCCCCCGGGUGGCACGACCCCCCUGCGCAUUGAGUCCCCAUCCUCUGCUGUGGCUGAGGGACAGACCCUGGACCUCAACUGUGUCAUCGCCAGCCCCGCACAGGCCACUGUCACCUGGUACAAGCGCGGCGGGUCCCUGCCUGCCAAGCACCAGGUGUCCGGCUCCCGGCUGCGCCUGCUGCAGGUGACAGCGGCCGACUCGGGCGAGUACGUGUGCCGGGUGACCAGCGGGGCCACCACCAGGGAAACCUCCAUCAUGGUGACAAUCCAGCCCAGCGCGGCCAGCGCCUACCCCCCAGGUGGCACAACCCCCCUGCACAUCGAGACCUCGUCCCCAUCGUCGCCCGUGGCCGAGGGACAGACCCUGGACCUCAACUGUGUCAUCGCCAGCCCCACACAGGCCACUGUCACCUGGUACAAGCGCGGGGGGUCCCUGCCUGCCAAGCACCAGGUGUCCGGCUCCCGGCUGCGCCUGCUGCAGGUGACAGCGGCCGACUCGGGCGAGUACGUGUGCCGGGUGACCAGCGGGGCCACCACCAGGGAAACCUCCAUCAUGGUGACAAUCCAGCCCAGCAGGGCCAGCGCCUACCCCAUCGGUGUCACCCCCCCGGUGCGCAUCGAGUCCUCAUCCUCCUCUGUGGCUGAGGGACAGAGCCUGGACCUCAACUGCCUGGUGGCCGGGCAGGGACAGGCCACUGUCACCUGGUACAAGCGUGGGGGGGCCCUGCCAGCCAAGCACCAGGUAUCAGGCACCCGCCUACGCAUCCCCCAGGUGACAGCAGCCGAUUCAGGGGAGUACGUGUGCCGGGUGACAUCGGGCGGUGUCACCCAUGAGACGUCCCUCAUCGUCACCAUCCAGACUGGCAGUGGCUCCUCUUAUGCUGUCGGUGUCACCCCACCGGUGAGGAUCGAGACCUCCUCUGCAGCUGUCACCGAGGGACAGACCCUGGAUCUCAACUGCAUGGUGGCAGGACAAGGCCACCCCCAUGUCACCUGGUACCGGCGCGGGGGGGCUCUGCCCCCCAACAGCCAGGUGUCGGGCACCCGCCUGCGCCUCGCCCAGGUGGCAGUGGCUGAUUCAGGGGAGUACGUGUGUCGGGUGACCCUGGGGACUGUCACACAGGAGGCUUCUGUCAUUGUCACCGUGCCCAGUGGUGCUGGCACCUAUUACUCCUCUGGUGUCACGCAGCCCCUGCGCAUCGAGUCCUCGUCCUCGGCCAUCGCCCAGGGACAGACCCUGGACCUCAACUGCCUGGUGGCAGGAUCGGGCCCUGCCACUGUCACCUGGUACAAGCGUGGUGGCUCCCUGCCUGCCGGCCACCAGGUGUCGGGCACCCGCCUGCGCAUCCCCCAGGUGACAGCAGCCGAUUCAGGGGAGUACGUGUGCCGGGUGACAUCGGGCGGUGUCACUCAGGAGACGUCCCUCAUCGUCACCAUUGAUGACGGAGCCAACCCAUCCCACGCCGGUGUCACGCCGCCCAUUCGCAUCGAGUCCUCGGCAUCCUCUGUCACCGAGGGACAGACCCUAGACCUGGACUGCCUGGUGGCCGGGCAGGGACAAGCCACCAUCACCUGGUACAAGCGUGGGGGGUCACUCCCAGCCAAGCACCAGGUUUCAGGGUCCCGCCUGCGGCUGUCACAGCUCUCGGUGGCCGACUCAGGGGAGUACGUGUGCCGGGCAGACAUGGGCAGCAUGUCCCGUGAGGCCACCAUCACUGUCACUGUCACCUCCCGUGACAGCUCUAGCUACCGUCUGCAGAGCCCCAUCAUCUCCAUCGACCCGCACAGCAUGGUGGUGGCCCCAGGUGAAGAUGCCACUUUCAAGUGCCGUGUCCACGAUGGUGCCCAGCCCAUCAACAUCACAUGGCGGAUGGGACCAGGCCAACACCUCCAAGAUAACGUGAAGAUCAGCACCAAUGGCUCAGUCAUCUCCAUCUCUGGUGCUCACGUGGGCAACCAGGGCGCCUACCACUGCGUGGCCUCCAACCGCUUCGGCGUCGCCAGCAGCGUCGUCAACCUCCUGGUGCAAGGAGCACCCACAGUGUCGGUGAUGCCACCAGGCCCUGUGACAGUGCAGGAGGGCAAGUCCCUCAGCGUGGAGUGCCUUGGCCGGGGUGAACCGCGCCCGCUGGUGCGCUGGAGCCGGCCGGGCUCCCGGCAGAAGGUGGAGCACCAAACUCUGCUGCACAUGGACAGCCAGGCCAUCCUGCAGCUGUCACCAGCCAAGCCGGAGCACGCCGGGCCCUACGUCUGCACGGCGCACAGCGCCCUGGGGUCAGCGCAGGCGCGGGUGGACAUCAGCGUGGAGGCGGCACAGCGGCACCCUGGCGCCCCCGAGGUCAUCGUGCCACCUGCUGUCACCGUGGUGGCUGGGGACACUGCCACGCUGCACUGCAUGGCCAGAGGUGAGCCGGCACCACGGCUGGAGUGGUCAAAGCUGCGGGCACCGCUGCCCUGGCAGCACCGGGUGGAGAACGGCAGCCUGGUGAUCCCGCGCGCCGCCCUGCAGGACUCGGGGCAGUACAUCUGCAACGCCAGCAGCGCCGCCGGCACCGCCCAGGCCUUCGUCACCCUCCACGUGGAGACACCACCAUACGCCACCAGUCUGCCGGAGGAGAGCGUGGUGCACGCUGGCGACAUGCUGCAGGUGCAGUGCCUGGCCCAUGGCACCCCCCCACUGCUCUACUCCUGGGACAAGGUCAAUGGCAGCCUCUCGGCACGCGCCAGCCACCGCGCCAGCCUCCUGCGCAUCAGCCCGGCGCUGCCCGACGAUGCCGGCACCUACCGCUGCCUCGUCACCAACCGCGUGGGCACCGCUGAGACCUUCGCCCAUGUGAUGGUCCACGGUGCCACCGUUGACCGUGGAGAUGGUGGUGGUGGUGGACCCUUGACCGUCCGGGUGACACCGGGGAGCCUGGUCAAGGGGCUGGGGGGCACGGCUGAGUUCACCUGCACCAUCUCUGGGGACCCCCGGGCGCGUCUGGAGUGGCUGAAGGAGGGUGGGGAGCUGCCCCCCACCCACAGUGUGCGGGACGGGGUGCUGAGGCUGUCCGAGCUGGCGUGGGGGGCGCAGGGGGUGUACGUGUGCCGGGCCAGCGCCCCAGGAGGACACGCAGAGGACAGGGCCACCCUCACCAUCCAGGCUCUCCCCAAGGCUGUGAUCAACAUCCGGACAGCGGUGCAGACGGUGCUGGCAGGGACAGAGGUGGAGCUGGAGUGCCUGGGCUUGGGUGAACCCCGUCCCCACGUCACCUGGAGCAAAGUGGGUGGUCGGAUCCGUCCCGGGGUGCUGGUCCGUGCUGGCACCCUCACCAUCCAGCGGGUGGAACGGGCGGACGCCGGGCAGUACCGCUGCACUGCCACCAACGCUGUGGGCACCGUCCAGUCCCACCUCAUCCUCCACGUGCAAGCCGCCCCCCACAUCUCGGGGCAGCCGGAGGUGAAGGAAGUCUCCUUGGGCUCUGCCGCUGUUUUACCCUGUUUGGCAUCGGGCUUCCCAGUGCCAGAGAUCACCUGGAGCAAGCUGGAGGGGGAGCUGCCGGAGGGGGCCCGGGUGGAGGGGAACGUCCUGACCUUGCCGGCCGUGGCCCACGAGGACGCCGGCGUCUAUGUCUGCGCCGCCGCCAACCCGCGCGGCCGGGAAACGGCCUACUAUGUCCUGAGGGUGCGAGAGCACCUGGUCCCCUACUUCGGGCAGACGCCCCGCUCCUUCCUGCCCCUGCCCACCAUCAAGGACGCCUACAAGUGGUUUGAGAUCCUCAUCACCUUCCGACCUGAUGCUGCUGAUGGCCUUCUCCUCUACAACGGGCAGCGCAAAAACAACGGCGCCGACUUCAUCUCCUUCGGCUUGGUGGGCGGGCGCCCCGAAUUCCGGUUUGACGCGGGCUCGGGCAUGGCCACCAUCCGGCACCCCACGGCGCUGCGGUUGGGCGAGUACCACACGGUGCGGCUGCGGCGCAACCUCACCCGGGGGUCCCUGGAGCUGGACGGGCACCCCCCGGUCAAUGGCACCUCCCAGGGGAAGUUCCAGGGGCUGGAUCUGGAUGAGAAGCUCUACCUGGGGGGUUACCCCGAUCUCGGCGCCCUGGCCAAGACGGGGCUCAGCCGUGGGUUCAUGGGCUGUGUGCGCCAGCUGCGCAUCCAAGGGGAGGAGGUGGCCUUUGGGGACAUGGACCUGCAGGCACACGGUGUCUCCAGCUGUCCCACCUGCCAGGACCGCCCGUGCCAGAAUGGUGGCGUGUGCCAGGACGCCGAGAGUGGCACCUACAUCUGCCGCUGUCCCCACGGCUUCACUGGCAGCAACUGCGAGUACUCACAGGCUCUGCACUGUCACCCGGAGGCAUGUGGGCCUGAUGCCACCUGUGUCAACCGGCCGGACGGGCAGGGCUACACCUGCCGCUGCCACCUGGGCAAGUCUGGGGAGAGAUGCACUGAGGGUGAGGCGGUGACGGUGCCGUCCUUCGAGGAGGUGGGCGCCUUCGUCUCCUACCCACCCCUCACCAACGUCCACCACGAGCUGCGGGUGGAGGCCGAGUUCCUGCCACGGGCACCCGACGGGCUCCUCCUCUUCAGCGCCGGCAAAGCCGCCCCCGUCGAGGACUACGUGGCCUUGGCCAUGGUCGGCGGCCACCUCGAGUUCCGCUACGAGCUGGGCUCAGGCAUGGCUGUUCUCCGCAGCGCCGAGCCGGUGGCCCUGGGCCGGUGGCACACGGUGACAGCGGAGCGGGUGCAGAAGGACGGGACCCUGGUGGUGGAUGAUGCCACCCCAGUGACGCGCUCGUCACCCGGCAAGAGCCAAGGCCUGAACCUGCACAGCCCCUUGUACCUGGGGGGCACCGAGCCCCCCCUGCGCCCCCCAACCAACGUCUCCUUCCGCGGCUGCAUUGGAGAGGUGACGAUCAACGGGAAGCGGCUGGAGCUGAGCGAGGGCUUCGUGCGGAGCCGCGGGCUGGGGCAGUGCGGGCAGCGCUCCCCGUGCGGGCCCGGCCGCUGCCUGCGGGGCGCGCGCUGCCUGCCCCUGCCCCCCCCCGGGCCCGCCUAUCGCUGCCUCUGCCCCCCCGGCUUCGGCGGGCUGCACUGUGAGCGGGAGGAGAACCGCUGCCUGCACCCCAACCCCUGCCUGCACGGGGGCACCUGCCGGGACAACGCCUGCAUCUGCCCCCCCGGCUACACCGGCCCCUCCUGCCAGCACAGCCUGGCACUGGCGGAGCUGGAGCAGGACUGGCAGGAGGGCAGCGGGGGCGGCGACGCCCCCGGCCAGUUCAGCGCCGCGUUCCGGGACGGAUCCUACCUGGCCCUGCCUGGUUACCUCUUUCCCCGCGGCCCCCCAGAGACACCCGAGACCCUGGAGCUGGAGCUGCGGACGGGCAGCGCGGAGGGGCUGCUGCUGUGGCACGGGGCGGAACCUGGCCAGGGGGGAAAAGCCAAGGACUUCGUUGGCCUCGGCCUGAAGGACGGGCACCUGGUGUUCAGCUACCAGCUGGGCAGUGGCGAGGCCACCAUUGUCUCAGAAGACCCCGUCAAUGAUGGCGAGUGGCACCGGGUGACAGUGACGAGGGAGGGCCGGCGCGGGUGGCUGCAGGUGGACGGGGAGGAGCCGGUGAGCGGGGAGUCACCGGGAGCCAACGUCAUGGCCAACACCCAGGGCAGCGUCUACGUGGGUGGUGCCCCCGACCCCCGCAGCCUGACGGGCGGCCGGUUCCCCUCGGGGCUCACGGGCUGCCUGCGGGGCCUGGCGCUGGCGCCCGCCGGGACCCCCCGACACCCCAUCGACCUGCGGCACGGAGCCGUGGGGGGGCUCCCCGCCCCCCCCUGCCCCUCCUAACCCCGCCCCCUUCCCCCCCCCCCAAGCCAUUUUGGGGGGAACUUGGCCAAUUUUAUUAUUUUCCAAAAAAAACCAAGCCAACCAACCAACAAGCCAGGAGGAAACGGUGCUUUGCUGCCCUGGGGUGGCCCUGGGGGGGGGGGGGCCGGGACCCCCAAAAAUGUUUACACACACACCCCCUCCCCCCCCACCAGCCCCCCGAGACUGUGGUGGGGCGGCCGGGCCGCCCGAGGCCCCUGGGGUGGGGGUGUGAGGGAGAAUGGGGGUGCUGGGGGGGACCCCCCCCCCUUGGGGACAGCCAUUAAAGAAGAGAGAACUGCCA